AUAGGGUCUCUGAAGCGGGCUACCCACCGCUUCUCGGUGCCUUCAGCCGUCUCGAAGUUGUUCUCGCGCUUCAAUGCCUCGACUAGCGCAUCGUUGAGCUUGAGGUCGGCCUCAGUGGGCUGUGCAUUGGAAAUAGCCCUCGUGAUGCCCCACUGGCGGGCUUCCUGGCCGUCCAUGAUGGAUUCUGGGGAGUCGAGAUCCGAGUUGUUCGGAAGCGGAGGCACUGCAGGCGACUGAGAGGGCGCAGGGUGCGGCGGGUGUCGGAGGGGUUGUCGUGAGGUGCGUUAAAGGCCUAAAGCGACAAGGUCUAGCGCUCCCACAUGGCGACGCGGCCUUCAGCGCGGGUCUGAAGUGAAUGGAGAGGUGCAAGCCGAUUGCGGUUGCGUUGAGGCAAGCACGGCCGCCAAGGCCUGCGCCACCAGCCACAGCAGCUCGUCGCGGCCAGGGCAGCCUUACGCGACCCCAAACACCAUCACUCACCAUGGCUGCCCGGCUGCCACCGCAUCUCUCGCACAAGAGCGCUCUUGCCCUGCUGCCGCCGUCCACUAUCGUCGCGCCAAUUGAAGCUGUAAGGCGUGUUCACGACAGGCACUUUGCCCGCUGGCCUCCACACAUCAAUCUAAUCUAUCCCUUCCUUGCAUCACCGUCCGAAGUAGAAGAUGCGCAGCAGGGAGACCAUCCGCUGCCGCCCCACCUGAAAGAAGGUAUCCUGUUGCGAGUGCAGAAAGCCGUCAAGGAGAUCAACCCGUUUCACAUGUCUCUCCUUGCAGACUCUCCUGGUGCCUUUUCUCACAGCAAAAGGAGCAAGACCGUUUGGCUGGACCCAUCAUCGGACUCCGUUUCACAGCUUCAGGCGGCCCUGCAGGCUGAGUUUGCGGAAUGCGAUGCCAAUGGGCGCCCAUUCACUCCUCACCUUUCUGUCGGCCAAGCAAACAGCGAUGCGGGGGCUCGGAAGCUGGGCGAAGAGAUCAAGACAAGUAUAUCUGAAUUUCUGGGCAACCAUCCAACGGAUCAGCCCAUUGCGCUGGGCUGGUACGUCGACACGGUAUACGUACUUGAACGCAAAGGUUUCCACGACCGCUUCAAAAUCCUUGGAGCUGUUGAGCUGGGCAAGGAGUAACAGCAUCUCAUUUCUUAUCGCGGAUAACAUAAGCAUGUUCGUCAGAUC